GUGCAAUCAAAACAUAAACAAACAUUUUAUGAAUCGAAAAGUUUAGCACGAAAUUUUCGAUUUGAUACUUCAAAUUUGCAACAAAUUACGCUCGAAAUUGCCAGAAAAUGUCCCCCGCCAAGCGCUUGGCGUCAUUUUGCCGCCUCUGUCUGAUCAAAGCGGAAACCAGGGUGGCAAUUUUCGGCCAACAGGAGGAAGCCAACUUGCUGAACCUGCUGAAGCUGAUCGAUCUGGACAUUGACCACGAGGUCGAACCGGAAGCGGUUCUCUGCUACGACUGCAUCGUAACGCUGGAGGGCUUCCAUCAGUUCAAGGAGCAAUGCCACACGAACGAUGAAUUCCUGAGGACACUUCCGCCGCGCGACAGCGACGAAGGUUCGGAGGAAGUCAGCGAGGUAGACGAGCAGGAGGAACCGGACUACCUGCAGGAAGACGAUGUUGCAAGGAUUGUUGACAGCGAGGAAGAAGGUCGCGUGGAGGACGAUGAUUUGUACGAGCAACCGGUGCCGAAGAAGAGGGGAUUGAAGGAGACUCCCACCAGCGCGAAACGGUUGAAAACGUCGGAAGAACCACUCGACGUUAGGCAAUCCGGUCGCAUUCGGAAACCUACCGCGAAAGCACUGGCCAGUCCUAUUAGGAAGACGGUUCCUCCAAGAAUUACUCAAACGAAGGCCGCUCCACUCGAAGCAAAGCCAAAACGCAGAAAACCCGAACCGAUCAAGAUUCGAGAACCGACCGCGGACGAACUCCACCCGCUCAAAGACUCCUACCCGGAUUACUUCCACUUUGAAAAGAGUCCCCGCUCGCUGUACUUCACCCUGGUUUACUACGGCGAACGCUUCAAUUCGGCCAUUUACGGCGCCUCGCAAACGUACUGGCAGUGCGCGUACAAGCGCAAGUUCCGCUGCACGGCCGUCGUUCACGUGUCCAACGAUUACACCCACUUUGAGCGCCGCUUCGAGCACACCCACGGCGAGCAGCGCGAAAAGGAGAGCGAACUCGAGCUGUUUACGCCGCGGCAGGCACUUCCGGCCGUGUUCCGGAUCUGCUGGCAAAAGUUGAUGGAGAAAAAAGCUCGACAGCAAAUUACGGUCAGGGUGAAGAAGGAGAAACCAGCAAAGAAAAAGCCGGAAGUGGAGAAGGUCGAGACGGAGGAGGAGGAGGAGCAAGUGGAGGAAGAUUACGUUUCCGAGUACGAAGAGGUUGAGGUUGAAGAAGAUGACGGGGCAGAUUCUUUGCUGAAAAUGCUGGAGACUGACCCAGAAGAUGAGGAUUAGCUAGAAGAAACAUUUGUAAAUUUAAAAUCUCUUGGGU